AUGCCUGAAGGGUCUGAUAACUUGGCAAAUACGGGGUCCAUGCAUCUGCAGACAGAACCGGUCACUUUAAACAACAGUGAAGCUUCCGGAGGGAUCACAUCAUUUAAAGUUCAGGGGACAGCAACGUUGUACCAUUUUGUAAAGAUGAGUUUGUCCAUUUUAUUGAUUGUGUCUCUUUUUAGCGGCUCAAUUUUGGCCCAGGGGGACAUUCUUGCCAGUGAAACACAGUUGUGCGAUGCUUGUGAGAUAAAUGAAAAACUAAAGGCUAUGGAAACAAAACUGAUGGACACUGAAAACAGGCUGAAGGACACUGAAAAAGAGAUUCUGGAACUGAAGAACAAAGAAAAGAAAACGGUAGUAUUCAGCGUGGCAGUAGGGGGAGGAGGUACAAACAUUGGACCCUUCAACACAGUCACAACUUUAAUCUACAGGACCGUGAUCACAAGCGUUGGUGGUGCCUACAGUCCGAUCACAGGUAUCUUUGUUGCCCCUGUUGCAGGUCUUUAUUACUUUACCAUCUUCUACAAUGCUGGAGGGAAACAUCAAACUAUACUACAGCUCUACAAGAACAAUGAAUUUCUGCUCGCGACUAGUGAUCGCCCUUCAGCUCCUGACCAGGCUGAUAAUGGAGGAAACGCAGUGUUCCUGCAGCUUGUUCAAGGAGACCAGGUGUAUGUGCGGCUGGGUGCGAACUCCUUUGUUUGGGGAAACAAUUAUCAUACAACCUUCAGUGGUUUUCUGGUCACAUGAAAUGUGAAAAUCUGUAUCUCUGUAGUUGUUCCUGCUUGAGGGCGGUUGAAGAUCUGAGCUCACUAUAUUCAAGAUUCAAGCUUCAACAGGUUCAAUGUCGUAUCACAUACAAAUCUGCACCCUUAAUGAAUGAACACAUUGGGUUACAGGUUCCUCAACAAUGCAAUUACAAGACAUAAAACACAUUUAAUAUCCACCACCAUGUAAUUCUAAAUGUAUUGUCACACAGGACUAUACCUAAUAAAAUAAUAGUCUAAUAAUGCCUUCCUCACGAAGACUUCUCGAGGUCGACCGCACUGAGACACUUCCUUUUUAAGGAUCUUGGUACAUCAACAAAUACAACGUCUAUCAUGUUUUAUUGCUUUAUUUUUUACAAGAACCCCGAAGAGAUUUACAAAAUGUUUUCCAAAUAUGAGUUGUCAUAACGCCUUCUCACAGUUCUUAGGUGAUCAUUGAAAGAAUGGUAUACUUUUUAGUCUCAAAGUAGUAGACAGCUUGUAGAAUUUUGCUUUACAAAUGCAUCCGCGGGGUUGCCAGCUAACCAGCUACCAUAAGCUUAUUCUGUUUGUCUUAUAAUUCUAAGAUCAUGUUCAGGAGGAUUUAAUAGUGAGUGAACUGGUCAACACCAUAAACAGUCCUUGUUAUAAUGACCGAUGGAAACACAGAUUAAAGAAGCUUUGCAAUAAAAUGUGUUUUCUUCA